AUGCAAUUGGAGCAUAGCAGUGUACGCACUUGGGCUGAGUUAGCAGAUGCGUUUGUCAAGCAGUACAAAUACAACACCGACCUUGCUCCGAAUCGUACCCAACUUCAAAGUAUGGCUCAAAAGGACAACAAAUUCUUUAAGGAGUAUCCACAGCGAUGGAGAAAGUUAGUUGUGAGGGUGCAUGCACCUUUGGUUAACCAUGAACUGAUUGACAUCUUCAUGGGUACCUUGCAAGGCCAAUACUAUGAGAAGCUAAUCAGUAGUGUUUCAGCUGGAUUCUCUGACUUUGUGAUUGUUGGCGAGAGAGCUGAAGAGGGUUUGAAAAGUGGAAAGAUCCAAGGAGGUUCUAGCAGUCAGUCUGGAGCCAAAAAGCCUUUUAACGGAUACAAGAAGAAAGAGGGCAAAACAAAUGCCAUCUCUGCUAAAAAAAAACAAGCUCCCCAACAAGCUUCUGCUCCUAUGCCUUAUGAAAUCCCUUACUUCUAG